AUGUGGUCCAGAGGCUCCAUAGGAGGGUGUGGCCCAAUUACGGAGCCUCCAGAGGCUUGUGUUGGCCAAAUCAAGCUCGACAUCAGACAACCUUGCGAGCCACCAUGCCCAAGCCUGGGCCGCAGGAUCAACCUGUCCCAGUACUGCAACCCCAACUGCCUCCAGGCCUUGCCUCCUGAGCCCUGCCCUCCUCCUGUCAGUGAGUUCCAGACCAUCCCCAGCAGCAGCCCCAGCAUCUCCCUGCCUCCACUCCCUGAGCCAUCACCACUGUCCCAGCCCAGCCCUCUGGUUCAGAUCACACAGACUACAGCCCCCUCUGUUGGAUCAAUUUGUACCCUCACAGCUAUGGAAACCUCCCUCACUGAAAAGGAGAAGGUGAAGAAGGCCCCUGAGAGGAGACACUGCCAAGUGCAGCUCAGACUGAAGAAGUUUGACCUUGAGGAAAAUGAUGAGAGCCUGAGUAACCUGGAGGCCCAGCGUGAAAUCAAGCAGGACUUCCAGCUGCUCCAUGGCGCAAUGCUGCAUGCCUUUCAGACUACUGAUGGGUGUGGAGAACAACAGGAUAUCCACGACUUCCUGCUCAAUAAUAUGAGCAAUGGUGGGAUAUUAGAGAUGACGAUGUGCCAUCUGAAAGCGGUGGGUCAGAGGUUCAUGGAGGAGUGGGCUGACUGUGGGCUGACUGCAGUGGUGCAGGAGGUGUAUCAUAGUUGGAGGAAGCACAGUAGUGGCCUGACCAACCCUCUACUCCGCAACUGCAGAAAUGUAGCUGAUGAGCCUAUCAUGUCAGGAGCAGUGGUCUCACAGCAAAGGCAAGAGUGGGUCCCCAAGAAAGUGCAGUGGGGGCCAGAGCAGUGUUGGGCAUACUGCAGAGAUUCACGCACGGACCACAGAGGAGGAAAGGUACACCAUCUACCUGCCCAACCUGCGUGCAGAUGCAGCCAUCUCGGUGGAGGAGAUUGCUCUAACACCCCCAUUCUGGCCUCCUCCCUGAUGCUGCUCAACCUGGCCCAUGAGUACCUGGGCCGCCGCUCCUGCUGCUGCAAAUCAGAUGGAGCUCUGUUCAGGUGCUAUGUUCGUGUUCUGGGGAAAGGGGCGUCUCCCUCAAGGGAGGAUACUCAUCCGUACAAAGAUAAGAUGAUGGGCGUUGAGCAGUGCUUCUACUGCCUGUAUGCUUACCCCAGCAAGAAGAUCAUGGCCCGUUAUCUGGAGGAGCACUCUGCUCAACAGGUCAAACACCCAGCCCUCUUAAUGGUAUAUUGGCAGGUGGAACUCCUUUGGAGCCACGCCCUCUUCAUGUUCCAGUACUUUAAGCCUUUGAGAGCGAUGGCCCCAUGUGGAAGCACUCCAUGGCUGUGUUCAACUGCUUUAAGAGGGCCCUGGAGAUGGACAGCACCAACCUGGCUCUGUGGAUCGAGUACAGCACCAUGUCCUACGCCGUGUACUCCUUCACCUCGCGCCAACUCAAACAGUGGAGGACUGAGCUUCCCUCCGAGGUCAUCAAACCGGUGCAGUGGACAACCAGUAUGGAGGAGAGAGACCAUGCUGGAGACGUGUUUCCAGGGGACGUCUCUGUGUGAGGGGGGAGGGGAUAGGGAUGAGGAAGAGUGGUUCAUUCACUACAUGCUGGGGAAGAUAGCUGAGAAACGCAAGCAGCCACCCCGGGAAUACAUCCAGCUCUACAAACAGGCCGCACAUUAUCUGCACAAGGGAGCUGCCAUACACUACCACAAUUCCCCUGACUUGUCUAUGGAGGCCCUGGAGCUGUACUUCCAUCUGAGCGCCACUCUCCUCAAGCUGCUGGAGGAGAAGCCCCUCUCCAUGAUGGACGAGGACUCCCACUGCUGUCUGACGUCCCCACCUUACACGGCCACUCUGGUCGACCACAAUUACACCAAACGUAACAGCCUCCGGCAGCAGCAGACCAAACGUAACAGCCUCCGGCAGCAGCAGACCAAACGUAACAGCCUCCGGCUGCAGCAGACCAAACGUAACAGCCUUCCGGCUGCAGCAGACCAAACCAGACCAAACGUCCGGCUGCAGCAGACCAAACGUAACACCCUCCGGCUGCAGCAGACCAAACGUAACACCCUCCGGCUGCAGCAGACCAAACGUAACAGCCUCCGGCAGCAGCAGACCAAACGUAACAGCCUCCGGCUGCAGCAGACCAAACGUAACACCCUCCGGCUGCAGCAGACCAAACGUAACACCCUCCGGCUGCAGCAGACGAGGAAACAGUAUGAGGAGGAGCUGAUGGGCUGUGGAGCGAUAGAGCGCAGUCAGGAUAGCGUGGUGGCGACGCUGUCGGUCUCCAACUCCACCCAGGAGGCCUUCACAGACCCUGCCAGCUCCCAGGACAGUAGCCAUGUUAAGCUUCAGUCUGGGAAGGGCAGUGCCUCUUCAUCUGAGAACAUCACCCCCAUCAAGGAGGGCCAGCCUACAGUUGAAGACAUAGAAAGCCAACCAUGGAGCCCUGCUCUCAUCCACUGCCUGUUCCAUCCACCUGACCAAAGGCCUAGUCCACUCACCAGGACCCCCCCAGAGAUGGUUGAGGUGCCCAAGGCCCUCCCUACUGAGCAUUGUCGCAUGCUGUGGGACGUGUGUGUCCGUAGUGUCUUCUUCUGCCUGAGCUGCUUCCCUCAGCACGACAAGAGCCUCUACCGUCUGGCCUUUUCCAUCAACAGCAAGGCCCAACAGAAUCUGCGGUGGCCACGUGAUGUGUUGCUAGGAAGCAGUGUCCCAUGGCAACAGCUGAAGCAUAUGCCAGCACGAGGACUUUUCUAUGAGGGGAACAAGACAAAGCUGUUCAUUGGCAUCUGGCAUAUUCCAGUGGAUGAGAUUGAUCGCCCUGGCAGUUUUGCAUCUCAUAUGAACCGAUCCAUCGUCCUCUUGCUGGAGGUGCUGUCUCAGCUGAAGGACCACGACACACUGAUAAAAUUCUCUUUCAUGCUCCAGAGAACCCCUGACCAGGGAAAGAAGUAUUUGCGGGAUGUGGAUCGUCAGGUUUUGGCCCAGAGAGCAUUUUUCCUAGCUGUAAAAUUCCUGGAGGACAAUCUGAACAAACUCACAGGGGUGUCAGAGCAGCCUUCCAAAGUGCCUGCGCCCUCCAUGGGGGAAAUGACAACCGCGGACACGUCCAACAGGCCCAGUGCAGAGGACAGCAGUCAUGCACUGCAUAAGAAGCCUGAGCUCACUGAGGAACCCCAGGUCACUGCCCCAGGCCCUGACUUUGGGUCCCGGGAGACCCCUCAGACACAGCCAGCCCUGCUGGCCACAGACAGAAACAGGGGGGAUCAGCAGCAGAGAACUCCAUCUGGGAAGGUGGAGACUGCUGUGGGUGAGUGGGCCAGAGCAGGGCCAGAGGAGCCCAUGGAGCUGGAUGCUGUCCACUGGGGGUGUCCCUCCAAGACCACAGACUCACAGGGCAGACAACCAGGCACGGAGUCUCCCAGAACUGUCCUGGUGCCUGGGGAGAAAAUGGUUGAGAGCAGCCGCGCACCGGAGCUUUCUCUGGAGGACCUGAGCAUCAGCUCCAGACAGCAGCAGCAGCAGCUCCAGUGCCUGGUAGCUAAGGGCCCAGUGUUAGCCAGCGGAGCAGAGCAGGGACUAGCCCAGGGGGCGCUAUGCAGGCCCAGCAGGAAGAGGAAGCUCCUGGAUGAUGCGGAGUCAGGCGAAACUCUUCUGCUGGAUGCCUACCGGGUGUGGCAGCAGGGCCAGAACGUCAUGACCUACGACCUGGGGCGCAUUGAGAAGAUCAUGUCAGAGACAUACAUGCUCAUCAAGCAGGUGGAUGAGGACGUGGCGCUGGACCAAGCCGUGAAGUUCUGCCAGAUACAGAUGGCCACGUCAGCACAACGACAGUCUGCCGGUGAUGCCCCGACAACACCCAAGUACACUAAGGAUAACCGCGACAUCUUCUUCCCUGCCUCUCUGCCAACCCCGGUCUUGCUCAGCCACACUGCCUGCCACCCUCUGUCCAUCCAGAUCCAGGACAGCCAAUCCAAACUCCAGUACGAGCCCCUGGGCAAGGUGCCCAGACCUCCAGCCAGCGGCUCCCACGAGCAGCCCCAGCAGAGGAGAGCCCCCCUGCCCAUCCACCCUGCUUCAACUAUGGCCUUCAACCCCCAAACAGCCAGGUCAUGUGACGUAGUUGUUUCUCCAGAUAAACUUGAGGAGCCUGCAGAAGGACUGUCCUACAGACAGCAGGAGUCUCAUCUGUGCCAACAGAUGAAGCUGGCCACUGUGUCCCCAGGGCAGGAGGCUGCAGGCUGGCCCCAUGACGAGCCUGCUUCCUGUAGUACCACACAAACCUGCUUAGACCAGCAGCUGUAUGGCAGCAGUGAGCAGUCUAAGAUGUUGGACCCCAGUCGUGUGCGCUCCCGCAUCCCCCCCAACAUGCCAAAGCUCUUCAUCCCCUCCACCGUCACCAAGUUCCCCCCGGAAAUUACCGUCACCCCGCCUACACCCACCCUGCUCUCCCCCAAAGGAAGUAUCUCUGAGGAAACCAAGCAGAGACUCAAGAACGUGAUCCUGUCCUCCCAGUCGGCGGCCACAGUGAAGGAGACGCUGAGCCAGCCAGCCCUGGAGGUGCAGGAGACCUCCAGCCAGGAGUCCUCUCUGGAGAGUGAAUCAGACGAUGAGGAUGAGGAGGAUGAUUACAUGGACAUCUGAACUACUGACCAGCUGUGCCCCCCCACCCCCUUGUCCCCUUCUCACAGCUACAAGAGUGAACAAACCCAGGCUGCUCAUUUGAGCUAGACCUGACUACCGCCAACCCUUCCACCUUGUCUUGAAACAAUGGAAUGGUACAUGUCACUGCAGCUAGUGUCUCUGUGUUGAUGCAGUUGGUCUAUCUUGUAUUGAAUGGGAAAAGUCAAACUGUGGAUGACUGGGGAUGUUUUUAGUUCAACAACAAUUUAGCAAAGUGCCAUUUUACACUCAUCACACCGGUCUCCAUAGCCUUUCACAUGAAAAUUGGAAAGGGUGUAGAAUGAUGAUCAACACUUACUGUAAGUUAAAUGGUCAGAAUUUGUGGAUUGUUGCUAUGCAGACAAAUUCUUAGCCUUCAAUGCAAUUGGCAUCCUUGGCUGUGAUUUAUGCAUCUUUCAUAAGUAAUGGGGUCAAAAAUUCUGCCUGCUUUUACUAUAUUUCAACUGCAGCUACAUCCUUGUUGGUGGGAUGCAACAUCCCACACUGAGGUACUUCAACAUGAUAUGUGCCAUGGCAACAUACAACUGUUGCCAGCCAACUUUUGUCCAUACACAUUGAUAUAAGAACCUAAACUGCAAGAAACCCACAUUUGUAUGUAACCUGUAUUUUCAUGGACACUACGAUUUACUGAGGACCAUCAGCUGCAAACCAGGCUUUUAUAUGGGUCUCCUAACGCAAUGUUGAGGAACCUACUUCUCCAAAGUGAAUAACAUGUAGCAGAUUGGAUAUGUUUACACUUCCACGUGUGAUGUCUUUUGUUUGUUCUAUUUUUGUACUCCACUGUAUUAUUUCAAGUCUCGUUUGAUUUUGUCCUUUGUUUCUGUGUGGAUUUGUAGCUUGGAGGAGUCUUUACCAGGAAGAGGUCUUGUCACCAGCAUUGCUCAGGAUAAUAGACAGAGAGAUGUUUUGGAUUAGCCUGAAUUAGCUUUUGUACAUCACACUUAAAACAUAUUUUCCAAUGAGGCAACUCUUAUAGGGUUUGGGUGUUUUUAUUUAGCAUUGGGGUCAAGUACAUCUCCAUUCUAGUCAAUUUAGGAAACAAAUUCAAUUUAACUUAAUCAGUUGUGCUUCAGUUUAUUAACUGAAUUCACUGGCAUUGUAAGGGAAAAUGCCUUCCCGAUGGAUCAGUUUUGGUAAAUAGGUUUAAAUUCAAAGUAAACUCGGAACGGGGAUAGCUAGUCUGUUGUACAGAAGACAAUAUAAUGUUUUUUACAGAUUGUUUUCUAUAAAAAGGAUAUGUGCUGUAUGUUUGUCAAAAACAAUACUUUUUAAAAAGGAGGAAAUUAUGAAUUAAUAAUUGUAAAGGACACCGCCCAAACAAGUCUUGCUUGACUACCUGUAAAUGGAUGUUUGUAUUUUUUGGUGUAAAAUACUGUUUUGUAUUUCUACUGCUGAGCGUCUUAUGGGAAUAUAGAAUGGCUGAAAGGUGACUUUGGGUUCAAGGCUUUUCUUCUGCUCUUCAACCUUAGUUCAGGCUGGGGAGUUGUUGUUCUCUACAUAUUGACUUGCCACAUUAAAGAUGUCACAACAAAAAUAUAUACUUGAUACACUCAUA